GGGCACUGAACAUCUUGUGUUACACACAUGACUGGUUUAUACAAGACUGCAUUAAGACAGUAGAAGUUUUAUUAAGUCUACCCUAAAUAGGAACAGAUUUUGUGGUACAAGAUACAUAUGGUACAACAUAACCUUGUAGUUCUCCAGUAAGUAAGCUUGUGUAUGAUUAUGAUGGGUGAUUUCAGAUAUAUAAGCAGAUAAGCACAGAUUACUGUCCUUUUAAAGUUAAGAAUAUGAAAACAUUUCACAAAAUCCAAUAAAUUGCAUAUAAACAGAUCAAACACAAAUUCACUUAAUAGCAUCAUGAUUUGCAAUACUUAAGCAUGAAAUUAUUUAUGACUUAAUCACCAGACAUUUGCUGCAGAUAGUUUUAUUCCUAAACUCAAGAUGUAAGCACCAUCUGCCCUUUUAAACACAAUUGGGCUGUUGAUUUCUAGUUUCCUCUCAUGGUUAAAGCUCAUUUAAAAUUAUUUAGUGAAUCUAGAAUUCUUUUACUUGUAAGCAGUAUCUGCCUGCCUCAUUUGUUUCCUAACUUUCUCAGGAUCCUCAAUAAAGAGGCAAAAGAGAAGACUCAAGAAACUCAUCUUUUCUACUGGUGCAUUGAUUCAGGAUAUUCUUGACUUUUUUGACUUGGUAUCUUACUAUCCAAUGAACCUUGUUUUGGGAUAGAAUAAAAGAACAAGUGGGAUCCAAAGUUUCUACAUCUGAGGUAAUCUGUGAAAUGAGAUCUUCUGAUAUUCGAUUAGCCUCUCAGCGUGGAGUCCUAUGUUGUUAAGAGCAUUAAAGAUGCAUUAGGGAAAUAUCCGUAUUCCCAACUCUGAGCUGCUUUUUUAAAUCUGUACAAUUAGCUGUUUGAUGUGAGUGUUAAAUAGUUCAGAAAGAGUGGAUUUCAUAUAUUUGAGCUCCUCUCUUGAUGUCAAUUUUUCUUCUGCUUCCAACCUAUGACUUGUUCUUUCUUUUCAGGGCUGUUCCAUGACUCAGAUCAGUAACUUGAUUAUUACAAGGUGCUGAAUAUGUUGGUAACCAUAUUGCAAUACACCUCAAGGAGAGGGUUGAUUUUUAUUUUUAAAAUAUUUUCAUUUUCUUCUCUUUUGAAUUUUAUAUCCAUUUAUCCAUUCAGACACGCCUAGCCUACAGAGAGGGAUAUAUAUUAUGAAAUGGUCAUUUUUCUGAAGAGAAUAUUUUGCGUGAAAUGCAAAGGACUGAAAGAGCUUUGUAGGUUGUUGAUUUUGUUACUUCACACUGGAACUUUUAAGAAGUUUUCAUCAAAUAAAGUUUUGUUUUCUACUUUUAAUAAUAUGAAUGUUUUGAACCUUUGUUUUAGGUAGGGAGUACCCUUGGAAUUCUGUUUGAAGUAUGUGACAAUUGUGCCUAAGUAGUGUAUUAUAAGAAAUUGUCUUGUAUCAGACUUUUAUAAUCAAUGAAACAAUAUAUAUUAUGACUAUAAUUUUAGAUUCCUAUAAGACUUUAUAAUAGGAAAUAGAAAAUUUAGUUAUAUUAGCUUGAACCAAACGAAGCUGUCAUUUUUGUAGGUCAAAUAUAGUUGAAUAUCAGCAAUUUCAUAGAGUUCAAUGAAACAUUUCAGAGAAGAGGUGGACAGGAAGAACCAAGAGGAAAGGAGACAAAUGCAACAUAAGGAAUACGGUGACACCUAAGAAAGGAUGAGUUUAUAGAGAUUGCCUAUUGGCCAUAAAUAAUUUUUUUAAGGUUUUAUUUAUUCAUUUGAGAAACAGAGAGAGAGAGAGAGAGAGAGAGAGAGAGAGAGAGCAUGAGCAGGGGGAGGGGGAGAAGCAGGUUCCCCGCCGAGCCAGGAUCCCAAUGUGGGGCUCGAUCCCAGGACCCCGGGAUCACUACCUGAGCUGAAGGCAGACGCCCAACCAUCUGAGCCACCCAGGCGCCCACCAUAAACAAUUUUUACCGAAGUCUUGAUAUAUAUGAUUACUGAAUAACUUGAUAUAUAAGUUCGGCAGUUAUUAAGAGCACAUUAAGGUUUAUAGAGACUAAUUUUCCAAAAACUAUGUGCAAGUGACUGCACGCUUCUCUUUCAAGAUUAGUAACAUUCCUGUCAUAUUUGAUUUCUUGGUCAACUCUUCUUAAGAGUCUUCAUAGAAGCAUUGAAAGUUCAAAUACUGGCUCUGUACUCGCUAGCUGUAUCACCUUGGGCAAGUUAAGAUUAAUGUUUCUGUGCUUGUUUCCUCAUUGGUAAGGUGGCGAUAAUAGCAUAUAUUUUAUAAAAAUGUUUUGAAGAAUAAAUACGUUAAUGCAUGUACAGUGUUUAGAACAGUGCUUUCCAGACAGUGCUUGCUAUUAUUACUCCAAAAGAUGUGUAUACUACUCAGAAUCUUGAGAGCUCUUUAAGCAGCAUCUAAAGGAUGCUAUAAGUCAAACAUACACCCCUUAGUUACUGUUCCUUCCAAAGAAUAUUUUGUAUUCAAGAAAUGUUCUGGUCUCAAAAGCACUUAUAAUACUCAAAGGCCUACAUUGGCUAUUUGUUUUUACCCAGCUCGUAGGCAUAAAAUAAUAUUUAGAUCAAGUCCUGAAGCUGUUCCUCUCCCCGCUACUAUGUUGGCUGUCAUUAGGCCAGGCUGGUGCGGCAGCUACAACACAUCCAAACUUGCCUUCUCCCUGACACGAGAGGGGCUCAGGCAAGUUGCUCUACGAUCCAUCGGUUUGUAUAUCCGCUUUACCCUUGGCAUUUUCUCCCUCAGUCAUUCACUCAGCAAACGAAUUUGAACACCAUUAGCCACUAGGUGUUUCGUAUUAAAUCACUGAUCUCAGAACAACCCCCAGAAGAAGGCGGCGUCUUCAUUUUUUCCAGACUCUCAUUGGUGAAGAACCUUGCUUAGGAUCAUAGGGUGUCUUAGCUGUAACAAAAUACCACAGACCGGGGGGCUUAAAGAGCAGAAAUUUAUUUUCUCACAGUUCUGGAGGCGGGACGUCUGGGGGUGUUGACAGGUUUGGUUUUUACUGAGCCUUUCUCCUUGGCUUACAGAUGGCCACCUUCUCGCUACGUGCUCCCAGGGCCUCUCCUCUGUGCGCACAUCCCUGGUGUCUCUCUGUGUGCCCAAAUUUCCUCUUAUAAAGGACAACAGUCAGUUUGGGUUGGGUUCACCCUCACAGCCUCAUUUUAACUUAAUCGCCUUUAAAAGGCCCUAUCUCCAAAUACAGUCCCAUUCUGAGGUGGUGGGGUUUAGGGCUUCAAAAUAAAUGUUGGAGCUGAACGCACCUGACCCCGUUAACAAGGCGUUAUUAUGCGGCUCAGCCAGGAUUGGGACCAAAGGCUGCCUGACUGGGGAGGAGGUUCUUCCAGGGCGGUGCAAGACCCACCUGACCGCUGGAGGCUAGAGGCUGAGGAGGUCGUUGGGUAGUAUCUGUGGAACACCUGCCAAGUGUCUGGGGUGUGUGUGUGCUGGAGGGGAGGCAAAAAUUGAAGCGGCAAUUUAUAUUAAUCUCUGUAAAAUACAGCUAGGCGCUAUUUCUGGGAAUUACUCCACAGAUGGAGGAAAUGCCAAAAAAAAGCACUUUGUGCAAGGGUUUUGCUAAACAUUAAUUUUUGACAGUUCUGUCAUCAAGGGCUCCUUUGACGAAAUCACCUCAUUUAAAUCAACCUUUCCACUGAGACUGCAUUCCGUUUCAGUCCUUCAAGUCGGCACCAGUGUGUCCGACAAGGGCUAUCACUUAGAAAUGACAAGUGGUCUACACACACCACCUCUGAUCCUAGCCAAAGCAGUCUGCGAAGGCCGGUUUUGUGCCGUUUGCAGAGGAAGAAACAAGCUCCGAACGACGCUGCUCGAACAGCGCCGCGCACUAAGGCGUGGGGGCCUGGCUCCGGCCUGAGGGUUCUAGAACGCCUUCCAAGAGCUACUGGCGGCCAUCGUUUCUCGCCAUUACUGCCCCACAGGCCGUGGAAUCCUAAAUUUAGACGCCAGAGAAAACCAAACGUAAUCUGAAGGGUGAAGCCUUCUAAAAGGUGCCUAACUUAAAAUGAUGGCCUGUUAUUAUCUAGCUACUACGAGUUAUCAGACAGAACACUUGCGAAUUUUAAAAGACACCAGCGAAGCACCCGUCCACCUUCCUCUUGCCGCCUCUCGUGUGAAACAAUACUUGGUACUGAGCGUGCACAGGUGGAGGCUGGUGGGCAGAAGCGGAUGCGCAGAAGAGACGUAGAAAACGGUCACCUCAGCAAGCGGCGACUCGGCGAAGAGCCGUAGCGUCUGGCGGCGACAAAGCGCCAAGGCGGGGAAGGCUCGGAGCUAACAGGACGCCAACGCAGGGACUGCAGACGCCCCCGCGCGUCAGGAAUGGACAGGCGCCGCAAACACACGUAGCGCCGUGAGGCGGGACUUCCACCUUGGGCGUCGCAGCAGACGGAAGCCGAGAGGCCCCCUUUCGCGGGGCUGUUACGCACCGACUCAAGAAGGCGGGUGGUGGCGGGGGAACCCCUGGCUGUUCGUCUCGCCUGCGCUGUGCUCUCGCCCUGCUCUCCCGUUAAGAGUGCUUACAUCUGGGCCAGACCUUGGGUGAGAGGAGGACCUGCUCCUUCCCGACGCCGGCCGUUCUCUGGUCCUGCCCUUCUUCCGUGAGGCAAGGUCAGCCGCCGCGAAGUACCGCUCUCGCCCGUGCGGGUGUGCCUUGGAGAACGGCGUGCUCUGAAUUAUUUUCCGUCUUCCCUGGGCGGGAGCUCGGGGAGCUCUGCCCGGGCCCCGGCGCGGGUGCAGGCUGCGGGAGAAUCCCGGCCCCCCGCCCCCGCCUGCCGCGGGGGCCUCAUGGGCGUCCACGGGCUCUGGAAGCUGCUGGAGUGCUCCGGGCGGCGGCUGAGCCCGGAGACGCUGGAAGGGAAGAUCCUCGCCGUGGAUAUCAGUAUUUGGUUAAACCAGGCACUAAGAGGAGUCCGGGAUCGCCAUGGGAACUCAAUAGAAAAUCCCCAUCUUCUCACUUUGUUUCAUCGGCUCUGCAAACUCUUAUUUUUUCGAAUUCGUCCUAUUUUUGUGUUUGAUGGGGAUGCUCCACUAUUGAAGAAACAAACUUUGGCUAAGAGAAGGCACAGAAAGGAUUUGGCAACCACUGAUUCCAGAAAAACUACAGAGAAGCUUUUGAAAACAUUUUUGAAAAGACAAGCUAUCAAAACUGCCUUAAAAAGCAAAAGACAUGAAGCACUGCCCAGUCUUACUCAAGUUCAAAGAGAAGAUGACAUCUAUGUUUUGCCACCUUUACAGAAGGAAGAGAAAAAUAGUUCAGAAGAAGAAGAUGAAAGAGAAUGGCAAGAAAGAAUGAGUCAAAAACAAGCAUUACAGGAAGAGUUCUUUCAUAAUCCUCAUGCCAUAGAUAUUGAGUCUGAAGAUUUCAGCAGCCUGCCUCUUGAAAUAAAGCAUGAAAUCUUGACUGAUAUGAAAGAAUUUACCAAGCGAAGACGAACCUUAUUUGAAGCAAUGCCAGAGGAGUCUAAUGACUUUUCACAGUAUCAGCUCAAAGGCUUGCUUAAAAAAAACUACCUAAACCAACACAUAGAAAAUGUCCAAAAGGAAAUGAAUCAGCAACAGUCAGGACAAAUCCAAAGGCAAUAUGAAGAUGAAGGGGGCUUUUUGAAGGAGGUAGAGUCAAGGAGAGUGGUCUCUGAAGAUACUUCACAUUACAUCUUAAUAAGAGGUAUUCAAGCUAAGAAAGUUGCAGAGGUGGGUUCAGAGGCUCUUCCUUCUUCCAGCGAAAUGCACAGCAGGUCUUUUGACAUGAAGUCAUCUCCAUGUGAGAAACUGAAGCCAGAGGAAGAGCCUGCUGCUACCCCUCCUUCUCCAAGAACUUUCCUGGACAUGCAGACUGCCAUGCUGGGAAGCAGCUCAGAAGAGGAGUGGGAGAGUGAGACUCAAAAGCAGUCUGAUGUGAAGAAUGCACCUGUAUCACCACUUACUCUCUUAGCCAUUCAGAAGGUCCUUGAUGAUGAUGAAGACAUGGAAGCACAUGCUGGAAAUGACGUGCAGGCAGGAGGGUCAGGAGUGAAAACACUGCUUGAGAACAGUUGCCAUGAAGAAGUUGUUGGGGGCCUAAAAGAGGGAGAUGGAGAAGGAAUGCUGUUGCCCUCAGGACCCCAUCUAACUUGUGUGAACUCUGCACAUGAAACCAGCCCUGACAGUGACAGGAGGCUGGCAGACUCAGCUCAUUUGUCCCGUCCCAUCUUCUGUCCAGGCAGUGAAUCUAGUGUUUUAAAAGAAGAAAUGUCACUUAUGCACGUGGUGAGUGAAACCUUUCAGACAAGCGAUGAGUCUACAGUUAAGGGUAGAAAAGACCAAGUUCCUUCAGAAAGCACAGUGGUGAUGCACAGCGAUGCACCUAGACUCCAGGGUGGGAGACAACUGACACCAGUACCUUUGAUGAGUUCAAGUUCUGUAUCAAGAAAUGAAACAUACACCAAAGAACCUGGACUACAACAAGACCUUUGUCCAUCAGGCCCCAAAUACGACUCCUCUGUUCUUUCAAGUGAUGAUGAAGCAGAAGGUGAAAAAAAUCCCAUUUCUGAAAUCAUUGACACUGUCAGUUUGCAAAGAACAAGUAAUACACAAAGUGUCCCUUCAGAGGCAAUAAGUAACUUGGAAAAUGCAGUAUCCUUUAAUUCUAAAGAGCAUGAGAAUUUCCUGAAAACCAUCCAAGAACAUGAGACAGUGGAAUCUGCAGACCAGGACUUAAUUUCAGUUCCAAAGUCCAUGGAGCCAAUGGAAAUGGACUCUGAAGAAAGUGAAUCUGAUGGAAGUUUCAUCGAAGUACAGAGUAUAAUUAGUAAUGAUGAACUUCAGGCUGAGUUACAUGAAGCUUCUAAAUCUCCCUCCAGACAAGAUGAAGAAGAACUGAUAGGAACUAAGAAGGAAGAAGCCACUUGUGACUCUGAGGGCCUCCUAAGAUACAACUCUGGAAGUGAGGCUUUGGACACUGAGCCACAUGAAGAAGCUGAAAAAGAUGCAGACAGUUCACUCAAUGAAUGGCAAGAUAUUAAUUUGGAGGAACUGGAAACUCUGGAGAGCAGCCUGUUAGCACAGCAGAAUUCAUUGAAAGCACAAAAACAGCAGCAAGAACGGAUUGCUGCUACCGUGACAGGGCAGAUGUUCCUGGAAAGCCAGGAACUUCUUCGCCUGUUUGGCAUUCCCUACAUCGAGGCUCCCAUGGAAGCAGAGGCACAGUGCGCCAUCCUAGAUCUGACCGAUCAGACUUCUGGAACAAUCACUGAUGAUAGUGAUAUUUGGCUCUUCGGAGCACGGCAUGUCUAUAAAAACUUUUUUAAUAAAAACAAGUUUGUAGAGUAUUACCAGUAUGUGGACUUUCACAACCAACUUGGAUUAGACCGGAACAAAUUAAUAAAUUUGGCCUAUUUGCUUGGAAGUGAUUAUACAGAAGGAAUACCAACUGUAGGUUGUGUUACAGCCAUGGAAAUUCUCAAUGAAUUCCCUGGACAUGGCCUGGAGCCUCUCCUAAAAUUCUCAGAGUGGUGGCAUGAAGCUCAAAAAAGUAAGAAGAUAAGACCCAACCCAUAUGACACCAAAGUGAAAAAAAAAUUGCGCAAGCUGCAGCUCACACCUGGCUUUCCCAACCCAGCCGUUGCAGAUGCUUACCUCAAACCUGUGGUGGAUGAGUCCAGGGGGUCGUUUCUGUGGGGGACGCCGGAUCUGGACAAAAUUAGAGAAUUUUGUCAGCGUUAUUUUGGGUGGAACAGGACGAAGACAGACGAGUCUCUGUUUCCAGUAUUAAAGCAACUGAACGCCCAGCAGACGCAGCUCCGAAUUGAUUCUUUCUUUAGAUUAGCUCAACAGGAGAGACAAGAUGCUAAGGGUAUUAGGAGCCAGAGACUGAACAGAGCUGUGACUUGUAUGCUGAGAAAAGAGAGAGAAGCCACAGCCAGCGAAAUAGAAGCAGUGUCCGUUGCCAUGGAAAACGACUUUGAGUUCCCUGAUAAGGCAGAAGGAAACACCCAGAAGAGAAGCCUAGCAAAUAAAUGGAAAGAGUCAUCAAGCCUGAAAAGAAAGAGGCUUUCUGACUCUAAGCGAGAGAGUCAAUGUGGCGGGUUUUUGGGGGGGGCCUGCCUCUCGCCGCCGUCAUCUGGGACCUCUUCAGGUGAGGACGCUGUGUGUGUGUCUUCAGUGACCGUGCAGCAGGAGAGAGCAGCCCCGGAGUCACCUGGCCGCCGCCCGGGUUUGCUGAGCCCGGGUUUGCAGAGCGCAGCGACCCCAGCUCCCGCCAGCGACCAGGGCGUGACCAGCAGCAGCUCUAGUGAUGAUGACAGACAGGGCCCCGUGCCAGUGCUGGUGACCGCCAGAUCUGUGUUUGGGAGGAGAAGGGGGAAACGGAGAGGUACAAGAGGAAGGAAGAGAACAACCUAAUUAAUUUAAGCCCAUUUGUUCUCCCUCAUCGGGCACAACUUAACAUUUUGUAAUGAAUUUGUUGUGAGGAAAUAACACAAUUAAAAGUAUGCGCACAA